UUUUUUUUCCAAGGGAUUGUGGGGGUUGUAGUUUUCAUAUAUUGCAUUUCUUCCUUGUAUUGCUGCACGUAGACUGGCGGCAGCUGGCAGAAUAUCAGGUGCCGAGCGCGGAGUGGCCGGUUUGGUGCUUUCCAUAGCUCUCAAUGAAGACGGAUGCUGGCGUUUGCGUGAUGUCACUCAAAGGACCGUUCAGUUGUGGGUGAUCAGCAGUGUGCCAGCAUCUAAAGGAACCAAAGCAGUGGAACUUGUACCCUGAUCAGGCACCUUAUACUGGACGCAAGUGCACUUCUUCCCUCAAGAAGAUCGUAUCCCAACAAGGAUGUGUAUUUCUGGCUACCUGUGGGGCAAGCACUAAUGGAGUAGGGGGAUUGAUCCAGCUUCCUAUUACCAGGAUUACAACCCUGCCUUUAAUUUCUCCUGAAGUAAGGCACAGACCAUAUUAUGGAUAUGGCCAGCCUCAUUAGCAGCUUGCUUGUGCUCUUUCUCAUAUUUCAGAACAGCUGUUACUGUUUCAGAAGUCCCCUCUCUGUCUUUAAGAGGUAUGAGGAAUCAACCAGAUCACUUUCCAAUGACUGCUUGGGAACCACACGGCCCGUUAUGUCUCCAGGCUCAUCAGAUUAUACUUUAGAUAUCCGAAUGCCAGGAGUAACUCCGACAGAGUCGGACACGUAUCUUUGCAAGUCUUACCGGCUGCCAGUGGAUGAUGAAGCCUACGUAGUUGACUACAGACCACAUGCCAAUAUGGAUACUGCACAUCACAUGCUCCUAUUUGGAUGCAAUGUGCCUUCUUCCACUGAUGAUUACUGGGACUGCAGUGCAGGAACUUGUAAUGACAAAUCUAGUAUAAUGUAUGCCUGGGCAAAGAAUGCACCACCCACCAAACUACCAGAAGGAGUUGGAUUUCAAGUUGGAGGGAAAUCGGGCAGUAGAUAUUUUGUUCUUCAAGUUCACUAUGGUGAUGUGAAAGCAUUCCAGGAUAAACAUAAAGAUUGCACAGGGGUGACUGUACGGAUAACACCUGAAAAACAACCAUUAAUUGCAGGCAUUUAUCUUUCAAUGUCUCUCAACACUGUUGUUCCACCUGGGCAAGAGGUAGUUAAUUCUGAUAUUGCCUGCCUCUACAACAGACCAACGAUACACCCAUUUGCCUACAGAGUCCAUACUCAUCAGUUAGGGCAGGUGGUGAGCGGCUUUAGAGUCAGACAUGGCAAAUGGACUUUAAUUGGCAGACAAAGCCCACAGCUGCCACAGGCGUUUUACCCUGUAGAGCAUCCAUUAGAGAUUAGCCCUGGAGAUAUUAUAGCAACCAGGUGUCUGUUCACUGGUAAAGGAAGGAUGUCGGCGACAUAUAUUGGGGGCACAGCUAAAGAUGAAAUGUGUAAUUUAUACAUCAUGUAUUACAUGGAUGCUGCCCAUGCUACUUCAUACAUGACCUGUGUACAGACAGGUAACCCAAAGCUAUUUGAAAACAUCCCUGAGAUUGCAAAUGUUCCGAUUCCUGUAAGCCCUGACAUGAUGAUGAUGAUGAUGAUGGGACAUGGUCACCACCAUACAGAAGCUGAGGCUGAGACGAAUACAGCACUUCAGCAGCCUAAACGGGAGGAGGAAGAAGUAUUAAAUCAGGGUGAUUUCUAUUCCCUUGUUUCCAAACUGCUAGGCGAGAGGGAAGAUGUUGUACAUGUCCAUAAAUACAACCCCACAGAUAUGUUAGAUUCUGACCUUGUAGCUGAGAUCACUAAUGUUGUGCAAAAGAAAGACCCUGGCUGGUAUUACACCAGGCAAAUCCUGGGGCACGACAAGAAGCCUAACACGGUUUUGGUCAGAGACCGAAUUCACAAAUUCCAUAAAUUAGAAUCCACCAUGAGACCACCAUGGAAUACGCUCCCCCAGGUGCAGCAAGCUAGACCUGCUGGAGCCGACACCAGGGUGAAGCAGCAUCUAGGAGAUGUCCAUCUAGAAGAAGAUACAGACUGGCCGGGAGUGAACCUCAAAGUGGGACAAGUGUCUGGUUUAGCGCUGGAUCCCAAGAAUAAUUUGGUUAUUUUCCACAGGGGGGAUCAUGUCUGGGAUGAAAACUCAUUUGAUAGGAAUUUUGUUUAUCAACAAAGAGGAAUCGGACCAAUCCAGGAAAGCACCAUUCUCGUUGUUGAUCCGAACACUUCUAAAGUCCUCAAGUCAACAGGGCAGAAUUUGUUUUUUUUGCCCCAUGGCCUGACUAUAGACAGAGAUGGGAAUUAUUGGGUCACAGAUGUAGCCCUUCAUCAGGUUUUCAAAGUGGGAGCUGAAAAAGAAACGCCGCUGCUUGUAUUAGGGAGGGCAUUUCAGCCUGGGAGCGAUCGGAAGCAUUUCUGUCAGCCAACUGAUGUUGCAGUCGACCCCAUUACUGGCAACUUCUUUGUGGCGGAUGGCUACUGCAACAGUCGCAUCAUGCAAUUCUCACCUAAUGGAAUGUUCAUCAUGCAGUGGGGAGAAGAAACAUCCUCAAACCUCCCCCGACCUGGUCAGUUCCGCAUUCCACACAGUCUGACCAUGAUAUCUGACCAAGGACAGCUGUGUGUGGCCGACAGAGAGAACGGCCGGAUUCAGUGCUUCCAUGCUAAAACGGGGGAAUUUGUAAAGCAAAUCAAACAUCAGGAAUUUGGAAGAGAGGUGUUUGCUGUCUCAUAUGCACCAGGUGGAGUGUUGUACGCUGUUAAUGGAAAGCCGUACUAUGGAGAUUCCACCCCUGUACAAGGCUUUAUGCUGAAUUUCUCCAAUGGGGAUAUUCUAGAUACAUUCAUUCCUGCUAGAAAGAAUUUUGAAAUGCCCCAUGAUAUUACUGCAGGAGAUGAUGGAACGGUGUAUGUUGGGGAUGCACAUGCCAACGCUGUAUGGAAGUUCUCCCCUUCAAAGGCAGAGCAUCGAUCUGUCAAAAAAGCUGGAAUAGAGGUAGAAGAAAUAACAGAAACCGAGAUCUUCGAGACCCAUAUGAGAAGCAGACCAAAGACCAAUGAAAGUGUUGGGCAGCAAACACAGGAGAAACCGAGUGUUGUACAAGAAAGCAGCGCCGGCGUCUCUUUCGUUCUCAUCAUCACUCUUCUAAUCAUUCCUGUUGUGGUUCUCAUCGCUAUUGCAAUCUUCAUUCGUUGGAGGAAAGUUAGGAUGUAUGGAGGUGACAUUGGCCACAAAUCAGAAUCCAGUUCAGGGGGCAUCUUGGGAAAACUUCGAGGGAAGGGCAGUGGAGGCCUUAAUCUGGGAACAUUCUUUGCAACGCAUAAAGGAUAUAGUAGAAAAGGCUUUGACAGGCUGAGUACAGAAGGAAGCGACCAAGAGAAAGAUGAUGAUGAUGAUGGCUCAGACUCUGAAGAAGAGUAUUCUGCCCUGCCUAUUCCACCAGUAUCUUCCUCCUGAAACAGUUGACUUCUUCCAUACAACCUUUUGCUCCAUUAGCACGUUUAAAAUGGUGUAUUUAAAUGUUACUGUACUAGUCUGUGGACUGUACAAUCGUCAUAGCUUUUAUUUUUAUUUGAAGUGCUGUUGUAGCCUUUAUAUGAACAUUCAGAAUAAUUCUAUUUGGUCAAUGACUUUGGCUUUUCCAGUGUUUGAUGGCCUUCCUCUGCUUCACCAAGAGCACUUUAACUGCCAAUUAUUUUCAAGCCUUUAACUGAAAUCGAAUCGCAUUACAACGAUACGUGCCACAUAAAUGCAAAGCUGCUAAAUCUCUUCUAUUUUUUUAAAUUAACAACACGAUGUCGCGCUCAAGAAAGGAAACGAUAAAGACAAAAUAUUUAAUGUUUCUUAUUUCUUUCUAUUUUUUUUUCAUUGUUUUUGGUGUUCUUGGGGUGUCUUCUUUUCAGAUGGUUCCGCGGUUUAGAACACUAUUUUCAGGAACUGAAUGUACUUUGUGUAAUAAAGUGUUCGCAGAGCAUUA